AUGACCGACGAUACAUUGGACUUUCCCAUACAGGAUGUGAGCGAGUUCACCCACAAGCUGCUGGACUGGCUGGAGGACGCCUUCCAGAUGAAGGCAGAAGAAGACAGGGAGGGUGAGAAGCCCAAAAACCCGAUGGUGGAGCUUUUCUACGGUCGCUUCCUUGCUGUGGGUGUCCUGGAAGGAAAAAAGUUUGAAAACACAGAGAUGUUUGGGCAGUACCCGCUGCAGGUGAACGGGUUCAAGGAUCUGCACGAGUGUCUGGAGGCCGCGAUGAUCGAGGGCGAGAUCGAGUCCCUGCACUCUGCAGAGAACUCAGCCAGAUCUGGACAAGAGCACUGGUUCACAGAACUCCCUCCCGUGUUGACCUUUGAACUGUCAAGGUUUGAGUUCAACCAAGCUCUGGGACGACCUGAGAAGAUCCACAACAAGCUGGAGUUCCCCUCCAUGCUCUACAUGGACAGGUACAUGGACAGGAACAGGGAGACAACCAGGAUCAAGAGGGAGGAGAUCAGGAGGCUGAAAGAGCAUCUGACUCUUCUGCAGCAGCGGCUGGAGAGGUAUCUGAGUUAUGGCUCAGGCCCCAAGAGGUUUCCUCUGGCAGAUGUCCUCCAGUAUGCCAUGGAGUUUGCCUCCAGUAAGCCUGUGUGCACCUCCCCAGUGGAAGACAUUGACACAUCAGCUCCCCCUGGUGGUACAACAGGACAACAGCUGCCCUCACAAAGCACAACCGAGCAGGACUCCUUGCCGGCUGCAGAGAGCUCAGGCCCUGCCUCAGCUCCCACCACAGCUCCCACUGCAGCCCAGCAGCACAGGAUACCCAUCCAUAAGCCCUUUACCCAGUCCCGGUUACCCCCCGACCUCCCCAUGCACCCCGCUCCGAGGCACAUCUCGGAUGAAGAGCUGAGGGUGCUCGAGGGCUGCUUGCACCGUUGGAGGAGUGAAGUGGAGAAUGACACUCGUGAUCUGCAGGGCAGCAUAAACAGAAUCCACAGAACUGUUGAGCUAAUGUACUCUGACAAAUCAAUGAUGCAGGUUCCAUACCGGCUCCAUGCAGUGCUUGUCCACGAAGGCCAGGCCAAUGCAGGCCAUUACUGGGCUUACGUCUACGACCCCAAUCAGCGCUGCUGGAUGAAGUACAACGACAUCUCCGUCACCAAGUCUUCCUGGGAGGAGCUGGUCAGGGACUCGUUUGGAGGCUACCGCAACGCCAGUGCCUACUGUCUGAUGUACAUCAACGACAAGAAGCCCUUCCUCAUAGAAGAGGAGUUUGAUAAAGAAACGGGACAGAUCCUCAGCGGCAUGGACAAGCUGCCUCCUGACCUGAAGCAGUAUGUGAAGGGGGACAACGAGAUGUUUGAGAAGGAGAUCCUGGAGUGGGACACCCUGCAGGCCCGCAAGGCCCAGCAGGAGAAGCUGGCCCUGGCCGCAGCCUUAGCAGCAGCAGCAGCAGCAGCAGCAGCUUCCAGCACCUCCUCCCCUCAGCCCAUGAGUAUUGAGUCCAGCCCUCCAGACAACUCAGCACCCCAGCAGGACCCAGAGUACAUGGAGCAGCCGUCCCCCACCAACGACUCCAAGCAGCUGCAGGAGGACACUGAGAGGGCCAUCUCCAGGGCCGCGUCCGAGCAGGAGGCCAGGAGCCCCGAAGCUUUGUUAAACGCUUCUUCCCCCCCUCCCUCCUCUCCUCAGCUGGAUGUCCAUAUGAGCCUCCCCUCCUCCCCCCCUUCUGACCUGGUCACGGAGGAGGAAUCCCCCUGCCAGCGCACGGUAGAGGUGGCCAUUCCUAAUGUGGGGACCUUUGUCAUUGAGACAGAGGAGGGGGGGUACGAUGACGAGGCGAUGAUGACCCCCAAGAUGCAGGGUAUCAUUAUGGCCAUUGGCAAAUCCAGCAGCGUGUUUGACGAGAGUGGCCCUGAGGCGGCCUUUUUUAAGGCCAUAAAGCUGGAGUAUGCUCGUCUCCUGAGAUUCGCCCAGGAGGACACCCCCCGUGAGAAUGACUACCGCAUACAGCACAUCAUCGUCUACUUCAUCCAGAACCAGGCGCCAAAGAAGAUUCUGGAGAGGACUCUGCUCACACAGUUUGCUGACAGGAACCUGGCCUUCGAUGAGAGGUACACUACACUUUGCAGCUCAGCAUUCACAUGUUAAUAACACUCCACAUGA